UCCGGCCGGUCUCGUCGCCGACGCCGCCGCCCGUCACGGGCAGGUCGGCGGUGGCGGCGACAGGCGGCAGCAUUGUAACAGGCGAGCGUCGCGGUCGUCGUCGGCAGCGAGCGGGAGCGACGACGGGGCAGACGUUCCGCCGGCCGACGCGCGAACCCGGUCAGUUGGGUUAGGUUAGGCGAGAAAACCAGUUGGCGCGGCGCUCGCACCACAAUCGGUUUAAAUACACUAAAUAUUGGAUAUAUACCAUAUUGUAUAUUAUUAUUAUUAUUAUUAUUAUUAUUAUUACCGUCGAUCGUCGCCACCACCGCUACCACCACCGCCACCUCCGACACAGCCGCAGCCGCCGCCGCUGACAGAACCUCGCCGCGGGCUAAAUACACACCACCGUAACCCCGCGGACCGGACGGGAUUUCCAUAGACCCUGGACGGUGACGUGAGUGAGAGAGAGACGGAGAAAAACCAAAAAUAAUAAAUACUGCGCGAGCACCUGUUUUGACGAUCGCCGCCGCCGCUGCCGCCGAGAAUACGUCGAUCGUGCGACGAUAGAUCAUUUUUAACGGGUCCGGCCACGUCCCUUCUCCGAAAACCCCGUUGUUUGCGAAACUACACGCACGUAUGAUCAUUUUAUCGGCGUGUAAAAUCGUGUAUCACUUCGCGUCGUAACCGCCGCGCAUACGUCGUCUCGCCGAACACGACCGAGCGACAUAAAUCACGAGCACAGCAGGUGUCGGCGUGCCUCACACGUCCGCGAGCCAACCGUGCCGCGUAACGCGCAAUAAUAAUUAUUAUAAUCUUCCUCCUUAUACCUACUUAAAUUAUUUGUAUAAUAUUGUAAAUCGUACGUUUUAAAAGACAUAAAUAGUACACCGUUCACGCGAUCGCCAGCGAAAAGUUCGCGACGCCGCCCACGCCGCAUGGCUCGUCUACCGGCCGUGGGGUGGUACUUGCUGCCACUGUGCGCAGCGGCAGUGGUCGUGUGCUCGCUCAAGCACAAGCAGCAGCAACAGCAGCAGCAGCAUCAGCAACAGACGAAAAAGGACGAUCUGUCCCUGUGGAUCGACGAACAGCAAGUGAAAAUGUAUAGUGGUCUAAAAAUGCCAAUAUAUGCAAUUAUGGAAGGUAAAGUCACGCCGUAUAUUUUGGACAAAAAUUUUGAACAGUACUUGCCAGUUAUUCCAUCUGAGGUGGGUUAUGUGAACUUCACAUGGAUGUCUGGAAAUAAGAAUUAUUUUUACAUGUUCGAUACUCUAGAUUCAGAUGACAAAAACAUACUAGAACCACCAACCGUUACCGUGAAAACCGAUGGUAAAAUACCCAAGAGACCCAAAGUGUUUAGUAUAUUGUUGCCUUGUUCCGGAAAUAGAUCAGGCAUCGCUAGUUUCAACAUACGAUUAUUAAUACGAAAUAGAAAAGGUCGUGCUUUGCCUGAUACACCAUUAAAAGUGAAACUCAGAAAAGAGUGUAUGGUUAGAGGUACAAGUAAAAGUACAAGUCUAGAUUUAGUAUGUGACAAAAAAUGUGAGAAUAAUGGUUGGUGCAAUGCAGAUAAAAUAUGUCAGUGUCCUGAAGGGUACAUGGGACAGUACUGCAAAACAGCAUUGUGCUAUCCACAGUGUAUGAAUAAUGGAACAUGUAUUGCCCCAGGCGUUUGUCGAUGUCCACAAGGUUUUCAAGGACCACACUGUGAAGGAGGUAUUUGUGCAGAAAAAUGUUUAAAUGGUGGAAAAUGUAUACAAAAAGACACAUGUCAAUGUCCCAAGGGGUUCUAUGGCUUACGAUGUGAAUAUUCAAAGUGUAUUAUACCAUGUUUAAACGGUGGCAAAUGUAAAGGGGUGAAUAAAUGUAGAUGUAUAUUUGGUUUUCAAGGAGACCAUUGUGAAAUUGGUCAACCAAUAAAACAAUAUUAUAAUUGUAAACGACCUUGUCGUCAUGGAUACUGUACAGCAAAUAGAACCUGUCGAUGUCAACAAGGAUGGUUUGGAAAAUUUUGCCAGAGAAAAAUACUCAAGCCAAAACACGAUAACCAUAGGCCAGGAUAUCCACAUUCUUGUGAAGACGAUGAUGAUGAUAUGGAUGAUUAUGAUGAAGUGCCCAAAAGCCAUCAUAGAUGGCAUUGACUGUUCUCAAUUAGUAUGAAAUUAUAAGUGUUAAAAAAAAUGUAUAAAUAAAUGAUCUGUGAUUUGUAAAGUAUAUUUAAAAUAUAGAUUUUCUUGAGAUGUAUGUGCUUAGGUUAACGACAACUAACCAAUAAAAUAAGUUACUAAAAUCGUUCUAUAACAUAACCAAAUACAGUAAAACCUCAUUAAUCCAGACAGACGUUUAUAAUACAUAAAUUAUGCUAGUUUAUACUAGAAAGUGCUAGAAGAUAUGCCUUAAUACGAUAUGUAUGUAUAUUUAAUGACUAUAAUACAAUUAUGUACCAUUUUUUAGGUUUAAUAUUGUUAGAUAUAUGUAUUAGACUAAAAUUUUCUUAAAUUUAUAAUUUAUGAUUUUUGAUUAUUUUGUUGAUCCGGACUUUCAUUAAUUCGGACAACCUAGAGCCCCAAUUAGUCCGGAUUAAUGAGGUUUUACUGUACAAACAUCUAAAACAAAAACAAUACUCUACUUAUCUAUGGACAAUAAUUAUAUUUUAGUGAAAUUAUUCAAUUAAACCUUUUUAAGUGUGAUGUAUAUAUUAAAAUAAAUUAUCUAUUUAUCAAA